AUGUCUAACAUUCAGUUUGCCGACGUUUCUGCGCGGCUGAAGCUUGAAUCGCGCAUCCGUGAUGGUGCGCGCAACAUGCUGCAGAUUCUCGAUGCAAGCACAUCGAAUGAUGCUUUGCGUGGCCAGGUCGAGCGGGAGCUGGCAGUCGCAGAAGAGCAGGUCCAAACACUCAAUACAAGACGCAAAGGGAUUGAAAAUACAUUGAAUAGUGCAGUGGCCUCGUCUUCAAGGUUCCGGCGUCCACGGGCGAUUCGCGCUGUACACGGCCUAGAGGACCUUAACACCCACGCGGUGAUACCAAGCCUCUCACCAGAUCCAUUUGCCUUGCCUGAGAGUCAGGCAUUCCGUCUACCGGCAUCGGUACUAUCAGGACCACCGUCCUCCGCUCCCUCUAUCACAUCGACAUCCGCUUACAUUGAUGAAAUCGCGUGCUCAGCAUGCACUGUCGAAGCUCUCACACGGAUCCUGCAAAAGCUCCUAUCAACAAGAAUAGAGGCAAUAAACUUACGCGAUCCAACGAGUUCCGCCAGCGUAGCCCAACCGAAGUCUCGUGACAGUCCCAUGGCAUCGGAUCAUGAACUAUGCCAUUUAUUUCUCUUCCUAUCGUCACUUUACCAGCAGCUACCAGAUCUGCGACUCGAGACAGAUACACAGUCUCUUACGCAGUGCGCACUGCUCGGGAUAUCACUCGGUGCCUUGUCGAUGGUCCGCGCUUAUGCGAUGCGUCUGCUUCGCUACGUCCUCAGUGCGCCGCUGUUGCCAGACUUAGCCACACAUACAAACGCACUUCCCCUGUUGCUUUGCCGAGCUUUGACACAAGAAGCAUCGUGCGUGUUCGAGCGCGAGCAGUCGCUCAAGCUUGUGCGUGCAUGCAUGCAUUAUACCCGCCUCGGCAGCCAGCAUGCACAUACUCUCCUAACGGUCGGUGUGGUACGAGUUCUUGCAGCAAUAGCUGUCGAACCGGAUGAUCCUUUGUGCAGUGCUAGCAUUGAAACCCUGGCCGAACUGGCGCUCUUAGACACGCCACUCGUCGCCCGUUCGUCUGCUAUGGCACCUCUGUGGCGUGCCGUGUGUGAAACGCCCGCGGACGUUGCUGUGCCUCUUGUCACCAGUAUGCUGAUACUGUUGGAUCGGCCCACGACUCGUCGGCACAUUAGCGCAGGGACCGACCUGGCGUCCGUGCUGGCUGGUUUCACGUCUGUGCCCAGCGCAGCUGAGUCGUCAAGUCAGCUCUCUACGACACAGCAGGUCGUUUCGCACCUUUUGCUGUCCUGGCAAGGCCUGUUUUAUUUGUGCAUGUGUGACAUGGGAGCAUUGCGGUCCCUGGUCGCAUCCUUGUAUGUCGAGGAUCAAACGAUCAGGAGGCAUGUGCUUGCGGCACUUCUACCACUUUUUCGCACUGUCGACGCGACUGUGUCGCAUAGUCCGAUGCUGCAUGUGCGUGUAUCGUACGUGGCAUUUGUGUUGAUGCUUCUUCUCGAUGCUGGACUUUGGGACGCUCUUCUCAUGAUAAUGCAGCACACACCUCGUCAUGACAACCUUGCAAGUGAGCUACUUGAUCGGAUCCUCACUUUUUCUCGAGACAUGAUGCCGCAGGAAGGCGCAUCGUUGCACGCAUGUGCUGCGCUUGUCCACCGAAUCUGUGUUCCAAAUGAGCAAAAGCCAGAGCUGAUGGUCGGGGCAUCUCAUGUGCUAGACGCAGUGGGCCGGAGUGAAGCAGUCCAUACCUUUUCGUCACGCGCAAAUCAGAAUCAAGCACAACCAACUUCCUCACACGAGGUAUCUCCCACAUACGCCCAAGGCAUGUACAUGACGCUUGAUGAUGCACACUUCCGGACUAUGCUACGUGACUCUAUGGUCAUUACAGCGCGAGAGCACACGCUGUGGAAUCAGACUGUCAUUCUCGAGCUGUUGGACCAUGCGCUUUGGGAUCCCAAACGUUUCGACGAGGCGCUUAACGGCUUCAAGUUUAUUCGUCGGCUCCUUGCCUUCUUUCGCCCCGCACACAUGCGGUAUGCGUCGAUGAAAAAGCACGAUGUGGCGCAUCGCUGGACCGCCGUUGGCGUAAGCCUGUGCCGUGUCCUGCUGUAUCACGCAGAUGGUGUGCGCGUGCUUGUUGAAGAGCAUCUUCUUUCCGACUUGCGCGACAGUUUCGAGCAGCUGGGUCAACGCGCUUCCGAGACCCUCUUCUCCCUGCAUCAUCUGCAGCAUAACAUCGUGACUGGCUACUUCGAAAUGCUUCAGGUCCUAUCUGCCAGUGCGGUAGGGCUAGAACUGCUGACUCAUGCACGACUCUUUACGCCGCUGAUGUGCCUGUGUGAAAAUGAGGACGAUGCAUCCGUGCAGGUUGUGUGCUCAUUGCUCGCUGUGCUCGAUGUCUCUGCACAUGCGCUGCCGCGUGUGUUUUUGGAACGUGCUCUCUCCGAUGGCCCAGAUCGCGUUCGCGAAGCGGCCACCAAACGCGUGGGCCAUGUGCUCUGUCUGGAUGAUGAGCCGCAACCCUGGGCCAUGUCGCUCCUUCUUACGCAGCUUUACGAUCCGUCGGCGUCUGUCCGCACUGCUGCGACGAAUGAGAUGGAGCGAGCCUGUGCUCACCCAGCCAUGGCACAGUGUGCAAUGCAGCAAGGUCCUCCUGUUGAUCUGUUGGCGACGCACACAACGAUAGCUCUUUUGGGUCUCGCAGACUCGCGCGGAUUCCAGCUCAUGCACCGCGCUGGCUUAUUGAGUCCACUUGCCCAGGCUUGGUAUGCUCGCGACCAUAUAGCCUAUGUGGCACAAGCCGAACGGGUCAUGGCUCUAGACUCGGCCACACCGUUCUUGCCGCCGCAUCUGUACGGCCAACUUGCCAAGACGCCUGCUGGGUGUGUCUACCUAGCGGAGCUGCAUGUCUUGCCGGAGUGGUCGACUGUAUUGGCAGGACAUGCACUUGAGUCGUUCGACAGUGCCAUGUUGGAAAAAGUCAAGGCAGCAUUGUGGGCCUGCGGGCAUGUGGGAGCGUCGGAUCUCGGCAUGAGCAUGCUGCAAUUGCAUGAUCUGGUGGACCUCGUAUUUCAGACCGCCAAGUCGCCGGUCGUUUCGAUUCGCGGUACUUUCUUUUUUGUGUGUGGUCUCUGGGCUCACUCUGAGCGGGGACGCUGUGUAUUGACAGAUCGUGGCUGGGACAUGUCUGCGACUGCACAUGUGUGUAUUCCGCGUGACUUUCGGGCGUUCGUCUAUUUGCCUGGCUCUGGCACGACAGGUGUGAAUCAAGGGCUCUCGUCACGUCUCACUCCUCCCAAAGACGAGCAGGAAGCAUACGCUACUGGCCUCUUAGCGAAUUUGGGGAAUGGCGUCGUCGCUGGAAGUGCGAGACGCGCGCUGCUCCGCCACCGGCAGCAACACCCACGUGUGUAUCGACAGGUCUCGUUGCUGGGCUGUGCGCUUCAUAUGAUGGACCACUUUGCGUUUCGACUCGCGGCGCGCCGAAGUAUAUGGGCGAUUCUAGUCGAGUGCCCUUUAAACUCCAGACACGAUCCGCGCGCUUCAGCAAUGGGCGCUCAAUGCAUCUGA